AAUAUAUUUGUCUUUUCUAAAAGUACUAGUGAUGAAAGGUAUUAUAUUUUAGUAUAUUUGAGAGAUUAAAUAUAUGAUUUUUAUAAGGUUGAAAUACAAAAAAAUAUAAGAUACAAAAAUACUUUGAAUAUUUUGGUCAACUUUUUAUAGUUUUUUUUUGUCAAUUAUUAAUGUUUUCUUAUUCAUUCAGCCUUAUUUCAGGUGUAUGUCCACCACUUAGAUAUAAAAAAAAAGUCCUCGGAGUUGAAUUAUGUUUUCAACAUCAUCAUUUACGGUUCGACUAUUAUCGAAAACGACCCGUGAAUUCAGAGUAGCCGCGCAGAGGUCAUCCUCCUAGUUCCUAAGUCUGAACUCUUAAGUGUUUUCUUUAUUCCAAUGUUGAAAAUUCUAAUUUCAUUUCUCUUUAAAUUCAAAUUCACAUUCACUCGGAAAAAUAGUAAAAAAAAAAAAAAAAAGAGUGAACACAUAAAUCAAAAACAUGUCAACUUUCCUCUGCUUCCUCUGGCUUACGCUACUUCUCUUAGUAACACUAAUCUUCAGGAAAAAGUUCAAAACCUCAAAACUAAACCAUCCUCCAGGCCCAAGAAAACUUCCUAUCAUCGGAAACUUACACAACCUCGAAGGAUUACCACACAAAUGUCUCCAAAAACUCUCGAAAAUCCACGGACCAGUGAUGAAACUCCACUUCGGUUUUGUCCCUAUCGUCAUAAUCUCUUCUAAACAAGCAGCGGAAGAAGUUCUCAAAACCCAUGACCUAGAUUGUUGCAGCCGACCAGAAACCGUAGCAACCAAGAAAAUCUCUUACAACUUCAAAGACAUUGGAUUCGCUCCGUACGGGGAAGAAUGGAGAUCUUUGAGGAAGCUUGCUGUGAUGGAGCUACUCAAUUUGAAAAAACUUAACUCUUUUAGGUAUAUAAGAGAAGAAGAGAAUGACUUGUUCGUCAAGAAACUCUCUGAAGCUUCUAAGAAACAUUCUCCUGUGAAUCUGACAAAAGCCCUUUUCACUUUAAUCGCUAGUAUCGUGUGUAGACUCGCGUUCGGUCAAAAUCUUCACGAGUCGGAGUUUAUCGAUGAAGAUGGUAUGGAGGAAUUAGCGUCUAGGUCAGAGAAACUUCAGGGGGAGUUCGCUUUCUCUAAUUACUUUCCAGGAGGUUGGAUUGUUGAUAUAAUUACGGGUCAAAGCAAGAGCUUAGAAGGACUAUUCUCAGAGCUCGACGGUUUCUUCAACCAAGUGCUUGAUGAGCAUCUAAAGCCAGGGAGAAGAGUGUUAGAGAGUCCAGAUGUGGUGGAUGUGAUGAUAGAUAUGAUGAAUAAACAAGGCGAAGAUGGUCAUUUUCAGCUCACUACUGAUCAUAUCAAAGGAGUCAUCUCUGAUAUAUUUCUUGCCGGAGUAAACACAAGUGCUACGACCAUACUUUGGGCAAUGACUGAGCUAAUAAAAAAUCCAACUGUGAUGAAGAAAGUGCAAGAGGAGGUUAGGACAGUAAUUGGAGAAAAGAAAGAGAAAAUCACAGAACAAGAUCUUAAUCAACUUAGCUACUUCAAGCUAGUGAUCAAAGAGACAUUCAGAUUACACCCAACAGCUCCACUAUUAGUACUAAGAGAGACAAUGUCACCAUUCAAGAUUCAAGGCUACGACAUUCUCAAAAAGAACCAGAUCAUGAUCAACGUGUAUGCGAUAGCACGCGACCCGAAAAUUUGGGAGAAUCCGGAUGAGUUUAAACCGGAAAGAUUUGUUGAUAGUUGUAUUGAUUACAGAGGACUUAACUUCGAGCUUCUGCCCUUCGGUUCUGGUCGGAGGAUUUGUCCCGGUAUGACGAUGGGGAUCGCGAUGGUCGAAUUAGGAUUGUUGAACUUGAUUUACUUCUUUGAUUGGGUACUGCCUGAGGGAACAACAGUGAAAGAUAUCGAUAUGGAUGAAGAAGGUGCCCUUAUUAUUGGCAAGAAAGUUCCUCUUGAACUUGUGCCAAUGCGCCAACAUUAACAAACUGAAAAGAAAACUUAUCUUAAAAUAAGAGAAAACACUUUCUUUCUCUCUAUACUAGUUAUGUUGUAUUUCUAGGAUCCGUAAGUGCAUACAUCUUAAUUUUUAUUGCCGGGGUAUUAUAUAUAUAUUUCAUACCAUAUAUAAUUAAUAAAUGUAUGAAGGUUUGAUGUUGAAAA